AUGUUGGCAUAUGCUAUCUUUCAGUCGAAAGUAUAUACGGAGGUCGAGGCAUUCUUGAUCGAGAGGGAACUCGAGGUUUAUCGAGCAUAUCCAACAUUAGGAAUGUCAGUGAUACAAGUUGUGGCUGAAAUUGCCAUCGAGAUGGAGAAAAAGAGAUUCAAAUCGACCGUAUUGCCUCUGCUGAAGAGCUAUCUAGAUACUGCCAUAACCAGUACCUCAGUGGAGUUUAUAUAUCUCGCCUUACUUCUCAAGGACAGAUUUCCAUCCUAUAUCUCGGAUUCUGUGAGCUUUGUUCAAAAGGAUGGCUCCUGCAAAUUUACUGCGAAUGAUAUAACUUUUUUAUUGUUGGUUCUAAAGAAAUGUGACAUUACGGCAUCCACACCUUUUCUCAGAGCGCUUUUGGUUUCUUCACGCGCAUCUGGGCAGUUUAAUGAAAUCUACAGCAGUAAGUUACCCUCUUCAGCUGCUUCAUUUAUCAGAACUUGUCAUAUUUUGGGUUAUUAA